UCUGGUAGGCUUGGAGUUUGGUGGGUGGGUGGGUGAGUCGCUACACCCCGUCAAUCAACUCGAAACAGAAACAAUAUUCAACCACAACAACAACAAGAAGAAGAACACAUCUUACCAAACCUCUCAAAAUAAUAAUUUUAUUCGCCGUAGUUUGAGUGAGAGGAGCAACAAGAAUGGCGCAAGUUAGCAAAUUCUGUAAUGGGGCUCAAAGCGCCCAUGUUUUCCCUCGUCUAUCAACACCAAAUGAACGCAAAUCUAUCUGUUCUGUUUCUUCGAUUUCACAGGUAAAAAGGUAUUCAACUUCAUGGGGUUUAAAGCAGAAAUCGAAAAGGCCGAGUAGUUGUAAUGUCGGCGGUGCUGCCAGGAUUAGUCCGGUCAGGGUAAUGGCUUCGGUUGCGACCGCGGAGAAGCCUUCGAGAGCAUCGGAGAUCGUGCUGCAACCCAUCAGAGAAAUCUCUGGUACGGUUAAGUUGCCGGGUUCCAAGUCCCUGUCCAAUCGGAUUCUUCUUCUUGCUGCUCUAUCUGAGGGAACAACUGUGGUUGACAAUUUGUUGAACAGCGAUGAUGUGCAUCACAUGCUUGUUGCAUUAAGGACGUUAGGGCUCCAUUUGGUAGAAGACGGUGCAAUUAAACAGGCAACUGUGGAAGGUUGUGGUGGUCUAUUUCCUGUAGGUAAGGAAGGGAAGGAAAUUGAACUUUUCCUUGGAAAUGCCGGAACAGCAAUGCGCCCAUUGACAGCAGCUCUCACUGCUGCAGGGGGUAAUGCAAGCUACAUACUUGAUGGCGUGCCCCGAAUGAGGGAGAGACCAAUAGGUGACUUGGUUGUUGGUCUUAAGCAGCUUGGUGCUGGUGUUGAUUGUGUCCAUGGCACAAAUUGUCCCCCUGUUCGCGUGAUUGGAAAAGGUGGACUUCCCGGGGGAAAGGUGAAACUUUCUGGAUCAAUUAGUAGUCAAUACUUGACUGCUUUGCUCAUGGCAGCUCCUCUAGCCCUUGGGGAUGUGGAAAUUGAGAUAAUUGAUAAAUUGAUAUCUGUUCCAUAUGUUGAAAUGACUAUAAAGUUGAUGGAACAAUUUGGAGUCACUGUAGAGCAUAAUGAUAGCUGGGAUCGAUUCUUGAUCCAUGGAGGUCAAAAGUACAAGUCCCCUGGUAAGGCGUAUGUCGAAGGCGAUGCCUCGAGUGCUAGCUACUUCCUAGCUGGAGCUGCAGUUACUGGUGGGACUGUCACCGUUGAAGGUUGUGGGACAAAUAGUUUACAGGGAGAUGUAAAAUUCGCCACAGUACUUGAGAAAAUGGGUGCUAAAGUUACCUGGACAGAAAACAGUGUUACUGUCACCGGACCAUCAAGGGAAGCUUAUGGAAGGAAGCACUUAAAGGCUAUUGAUGUUAACAUGAACAAAAUGCCAGAUGUUGCUAUGACUCUUGCAGUAGUUGCACUAUUUGCUGAUGGUCCCACUGCUAUAAGAGAUGUGGCAAGUUGGAGAGUGAAAGAGACAGAAAGGAUGAUUGCAAUUUGCACAGAACUGAGGAAGCUAGGAGCAACAGUCAAAGAAGGACCAGAUUACUGUGUGAUCACUCCGCCAGAGAAGCUCAACGUGGCAGCAAUUGACACAUAUGAUGAUCACCGAAUGGCCAUGGCUUUCUCUCUCGCUGCCUGUGCUGAUGUUCCGGUCACCAUCAAGGAUCCCGGUUGCACUCGGAAAACUUUCCCCGACUACUUUGAAGUCCUUGAGAGAGUGACAAAGCAUUGAAUCAAUAUGGGAACUGAGCUUGCUUAGUUCCACAGCAGAAAAAAGUAAAAAUGUAGGUUAUCUUGUACUUGUUUGGCCUUGUGGCUUGUAUGGAUGGUGAUUAUUUUAUCUUUGCCAAAGUUGGGUGUUUUAUCAAUUGGUUUUUUAGUAAGUGUUAUAUCAUUUGGGUAAA